AUGCAGACAAAUAAAGCUAAGGCCGAGGCGCUGGGGCGGAAAGCAAAGCUCGCCAAUUCGUAUCAGGAGUUACUCGACGAAUUUUCGAAUAAGGACUUAAAACACGUCGGGAAUUAUACCUUAGGGAGGCUGAUAGGGAAGGGUUCCUUCGGAAAGGUCUAUCUCGCAAACCAUAGGCUUACAAAUGGCUCCAAGGUCGUCCUCAAGUCAGCUAAUAAGGAUGACUCCAACCUUGCUCGAGAAAUCCAUCACCACCGGCAGUUUGUCCAUCCUCAUAUCGCGCGCCUGUACGAAAUUAUAGUGACAGAGUCCUUGGUAUGGCUUGUGUUAGAGUACUGCCCAGGCGACGAGCUCUAUAAUUACCUCCUUAACAAUGGCCCCCUCCCCGCUGAAAAGGUGCAGAGGAUAUUUACACAGCUAGUUGGUGCUGUCACCUACGUACACCAGCAGUCAUGUGUCCAUCGCGAUCUUAAACUCGAAAAUAUCUUGCUAGACAAACACGAGAACGUCAAGUUGGUAGACUUCGGAUUUACGCGUGAAUACGAGGGCAAGUCCAACUAUCUACAGACAUUUUGCGGUACGAUAUGUUACUCGGCGCCAGAGAUGCUGAAAGGGGAGAAAUAUGCCGGCGAGAAAAUAGACGUGUGGAGUCUAGGUGUGAUUCUUUAUGCGCUGCUAUGCGGUGAGCUGCCGUUCGACGACGACGACGAUAAUAUAACGAGAACUAAGAUCCUAACGGAGGAGCCAAAGUACCCGGGACAUCUUCCUCCUGACGCUGUUGCCCUAAUCAAGAUACUCCUCUCUAAACGACCUCUAUUAAGACCUACCCUGCCCGAGAUCCUUUCCCAUGCAUUUCUUGCGGAGUAUGCUCCUCAGCAGCAAGCAAUUCUUAAGCUGCACCAGCCCCCGCCAUUUACUACACAUCUAGAGAAGGAUUGUCUACAGCGAAUGCGAAGUGCCGGCGUGGAUAUUGAUGCUGUUAUCGAAAGCGUUUUAGCACAACGAUGUGACGUGCUGGCUGGUUGGUGGACACUAUUGUUGGAAAAGGAGGAGAGGAAAGCUCGCCGGCGCGAGAGAAAAAGGAAAGAAAGGGAAGCUGAAAAUAGAAACUCGCGUCGAUUUUCUGCAGCAUCUAGCAAGCUUGAACGCAUGGCGCCGAUUUUAGAUGAGGAUUCCAAUGGUUCUGGGAUACUAGGCGAACCGCCUAUGCCUAAGAUGAGAGGUCGUCCAGAAAGGAGAAGUACUGCAUACAGCGACUUCCAAGUCCCAGAAUUGCCUAACUUGCCUGAGUCUCAAGUAAACACUCGUCUAAACGCUGAUGACGGUACGCCACCGCCGCCGCCGGUAGAUAAGGACUCUGUGCGGUCGGCUAGCUCCUCUCGGCAACGACGGCCGAUACCACCGCCGAAAGAAGGCAUCCUCCGGAGUGCGAGGUCCAGGGGCUCCACCCUCCAUCUUGUAACUACAUCAGAUGCAUUAGGACAUCAAACACAAGAACUCCAUCCGCCACAAAAAGUACGCAGGAAGCCAUCGCAGGCAAUUGUUGCCACAUGGAAGAAUUGGACACACUGGAUUGUUGAGAGUACAAGACGACACAGGCCCAAUAAGCGAGGGAGCAUGUCUACUCCUAACCUAGCAGCUAAAGACGGUCAGUCUGGUGCCAGCAAGAACCCUAAGGAUCCUAGUCCUCGACCUCACACUAGUAAGUAUCCCGCCUCUUUACAAGGCGCUGCUGAGUCGAGCGGUGGGAACUCGCCGAGUCUACCAAACGGAAAUGUUAAAGGCAUUGGGAGAAACGACGGUAACCCAGCGAAGAAGCCUACGCCAACUCCGCUUUUGACGUCUUCUAACCAGGGACCGCAUCGUAUACCAUCCAGUACCUCAUCAUACAAACGCCAAUCCUUAUCUCCAGGCCCGCUAACACCUCGCUCUACGAUGCGCCGCUCAUCCAUUGGUCUUCGAGGUCGAAAGUCGACUUCUUCCUCCCUGUCCUCCAUUCGAACGAUGCCUCAUCACCACCACUCGCAUUCUAAGGCUAGCUCAACAAGCUCUACCGGAUCUGUGUCGACAACGAGAACACCUGGACGAUCACCGCAUCAUUCAGUCAAAGUUCUCCCUGCUACGCCAACUAGCACAUCAUUUCCGUCUAAUAUUCGUCUCGUCCGCGGACCGACGGUCGCGUUAAACUUUAACGAGGGCAUGCCUUCAUCUAAGUCGGGGCAAAAUCCUCCCGGUUCUCCUAAUCCGUUUACGUCAAAUAGCCCCUCUGUCUUAUUCGCGAAGCGCAAGCGAAACCUAUUCAAAGGACCCAUGCUUUCCAUUGGUAACUCGUCGCGCGCCGGUCCUAGCUCUAGUAGUCAUAGCCGGAGCGCAAGUGCGAGCGGAUUGGGGAGGAGAAGCGGCGAAAUCACUAUCCAAGAAGAGGAUGAAGAAGCAGAAGAAGCAAUAUGCGACGUCGAACCUGAGGACGAUGUCGAGGAGGUAGAGCAUUUCAGUCCCAUUUUGCAAGUCCCCGGAGAAAAAGUAGAAGAAAUUUAUGAAGGUGAGGCAGACUCCAAAGAUGCUGCACUAGAUUUUGGUGCCGGUGCCGGUGUUGGAACCGUCAUAGCUGGUGAGCGUGAUAGGGGAUAA